AUGCGGACUUACUCAGUUGGGGAUCCCUUAGCUGACUUGAAUGUGAAGGCAGAUUUCGAGAACCAGACUCCUGGCCAGUCCCUUGCCCUCACAACCUUCGAGCGCUUGUCGGAGGACAUUCUUCGCCUCGCCCGGGAGAUGGGAAUGGACUCCCGACAGAUCAACUUCACCAGGGUCCAACAGGAGCAGCUUCGCCUGCUGUUCGUAAAGGCGAACAAGACGAUUGACGCUUCCAAGGACUACGUCAAGGGCGUCGAGAACCACCGCAACUAUGCGCAGCACUACAGUGUUCAAUUGGAGGACGCAGCCGAGAAGUACGACUUUCUUUCAAGUGACUAUCGCCGCAACAAGGCGGAUCUGGAGGCGGUCAAGGUCAAGAUUGGGCAGCUUGACAGCAAGGUCACCAAGGAGAUGGAGGCUAUGAAGCGUGAGAUCAAGGAGCUUCGGGAGCUUGUCAAGACUCGCGCUGUCUAG